AUGUCGAGCAUCGUGAAGGAGAUCCUGGCUCGGCCGAUACAAAUGGCUGACCAGGUAUCUAAAUCAGCGGACGAGGCACAAAAUUUCAAACAAGAAUGUCUAGAAUUAAAAACCAAAACAGAAAAACUCGCAGGCCUUCUUCGACAAGCUGCAAGGAAUAGCAAUGACCUAUAUGAACGUCCCACAAGACGAAUCAUCGAUGACACAGAACAAGUCCUCGACAAAGCCCUUGGAUUAGUCAUGAAAUGUCGUGUAAACGGCAUAAAACGUCUCUUCACCAUCAUUCCCACCACCGCCUUUCGCAAAACCUCAAUGCAGUUAGAAAAUUCCCUUGGAGAUAUUCAAUGGUUGUUAAGAGUCUCGGCUUCUGCAGAAGAACGCGAUGAUGAAUAUCUUGGUCUUCCUCCUAUAGCAGCUAAUGAACCAAUUCUCUGUCUCAUUUGGGAACAAGUUGCAAUUUUGCUUUCUGGUUGUUCAAUAGAUGAACGUUCUGAUGCUGCAGCUUCAUUGGUUUCAUUGGCACGUGACAAUGAUCGUUACGGAAAACUAAUUAUAGAAGAAGGUGGUGUUCCACCUCUUCUUAAACUUCUUAAAGAAGGAAGACUUGAUGGACAAGAAAACGCUGCAAGAGCAAUUGGAUUACUUGGUAGAGAUCCAGAAAGUGUUGAACAUAUUGUGAAUUGUGGUGUUUGUUCGGUUUUUGCGAAAGUACUCAAAGAUGGUCACAUGAAGGUUCAAAUAGUUGUUGCUUGGGCUAUUUCAGAACUUGCAGCACAUCAUCCAAAAUGUCAAGAUCAUUUUGCUCAGAAUAAUGCUAUUCGUUUGCUUGUUAGUCAUCUUGCUUUUGAAACCAUUCAAGAACAUAGUAAGUAUUCUAUUACCAACAAACAAAACAUGUCCUCCUUACAUUCUCUUGUUAUGGCUAGCAACACCAACACCAAUGUCCCUAACAGAAGCGAUAAUAGCAAAGGUGCUCAUGAAGAUUAUAAGCUUGUUGCUCACCCAGGUACUAAUCAAACAUCUAACCAAAUGCAUAAUGUCAUCUCUAACACAAUAGCCAUAAAGGGAAAUAAUAGUAAGGAUUCUAAAGAAGAUAAUGCCAACGAUGUUGAAAAGCACAACAUCAACAUCAACAGCCACAGCCACAAUAACCACAAUGUAUCUAUAGCGGGGACGAGUAUCAAAGGGAGAGAAUUUGAAGAUCCUGAAACAAAGGCACAAAUGAAAGCAAUGGCAGCUAGAGCUUUAUGGCAAUUGUGUAGAAGAAAUGUUACUAUUUGUCAUACAAUUACAGAAUCAAGAGCUCUUUUGUGUUUUGCGGUUUUGUUGGAAAAGGGUACUGAUGAUGUGCAACAUUAUUCAGCAAUGGCUUUGAUGGAAAUAACAUCUGUGGCAGCAGAACAUGCAGAAUUGAGACGUUCUGCUUUCAAACCAACUGCCCCUGCUGCAAAAGCUGUGGUGGAACAGUUUCUCAAAGUUGUUGAAAAAGGUGACUCCGAGGAUUUGCUCAUACCUUGUGUUAAAGCUAUUGGUAACUUAGCAAGGACUUUUAGAGCAACUGAAACAAGAUUCAUUGCGCCAUUGGUGAAGUUGCUCGAUGAAACAGAACCGGUGAUUUCUACGGAAGCAUCAAAAGCUCUCAUCAAAUUUGCUGAGACUGAUAACUAUCUACAUGAGACUCAUUGCAAUGCUAUUAUAGAAGCAGGUGGUGCUAAGCAUCUCAUUCAACUAGUUUACUUUGGGGAACAAAUGGUGCAAAUUCCUUCGUUGCUUCUUUUGUGUUUCGUUGCGCUACAUGUUCCUAAAAAUGAGACUCUUGGACAAGAGGAGGUGUUAAUAGUACUUGAGUGGUGCACAAAGCAAACACAUAUAAUGGCAGAAAAAAAAAUUGAAGCAAUUUUACCAGAAGCCAAAAGUAGGUUGGAACUUUAUCAAUCAAGAGGUACCAGAGGAUUCCAUUGA